GUUGCUCGCCUGCACGCGCAUAACAUGGCGGGGAGACUGAAGAAACAAGCCAAGGAUGCUUUAAAGAUCAUUGGAUGUGGCAGUGCCCUGUUCUUCGGGUACCUCACGGCAUCCGGAGACGAGCAUUUUUACGCUAAUGCUCUGAUGCCUGUGCUGCAAAGACUUGUGGGAGCAGAGACAGCUCAUGUCAUGGCUGUGCGGUUGAUUGGCCUUGGUCUUGUGCCUCGUAACCGUUACAAGGACCCAGCAUCAUUGGAGGUUAACGUGUUGGGUCAAAGGUUCCAGAACCCGGUUGGGAUAGCAGCAGGCUUUGACAAGCAUGGCGAGGCAGUGGAUGGGCUUUAUAAACUUGGCUUUGGUUUUGUCGAGGUGGGGACAGUCACACCAAAACCACAGGAAGGAAACCAGAAACCACGUGUGUAUAGACUGGAGUCAGACCAGGCGGUCAUUAACAGAUAUGGAUUCAACAGUUGCGGCCUUUCUGCCGUACACGACAGACUGAAAGCCAGAGAACUCACGCAGUCAGCGCUGACGGCAGCAGGUCAACCUCUCGGCAUCAAUCUCGGCAAGAACAAGAUUUCCACUGAUGCGGUGGCAGAUUAUGUGGAGGGGCUGCGGACGCUGGGCCCGCUCGCUGACUAUCUGGUGGUCAACGUGAGCAGCCCUAAUACUCCAGGCCUUAGGAACCUACAGGGCAAGGAAGAACUGCGCCACCUUCUGGACAAGGUGCUGAAAGAGCGAGAUUCUCUGCCGUGUAAGAAGCGUCCACCGGUCCUGGUGAAAAUCGCCCCUGAUCUUACUUCACAGGACAAAAAAGACAUCGCCGAGGUCAUCAUGGAGGUUGGUAUUGAUGGCUUAAUGGUUUCUAACACCACUGUUUCCAGACCGGAGACUUUAAAAGACCCCAACAAACGUGAGGACGGAGGACUCAGCGGUCAGCCUCUCAAAGAAAUGUCCACGCAGAUGGUGCGAGAGAUGUACUCCUUGACCCAAGGAAAGAUACCUAUCGUUGGUGUCGGCGGGGUGGCCAGUGGGCGGGACGCUCUGGAUAAGAUCCGUGCUGGAGCAUGUUUAGUUCAGCUUUACACCGCUCUGGUGUAUCAGGGUCCACCUGUUGUCAACAAGAUCAAAAGAGAACUGGACGAUCUUCUGAAAGCACAAGGGUUUACGUGUGUAUUAGAGGCAGUAGGUGCUGAUCACAGACCAGCUGAGACGACGGCACAUAAGCAGACUCGAGAGAAAGCGACACAUAGUGCCUGACCUCAGAACGGUUUGCAUUUACUGCAGGCAUUUAUCUCUUUCCACACGGGUGGAAUUCAAAUCAGAACUGUACAUUUAUCUACCUCCGCAAUAGAGGAAUCACCAGGAAAUGGAUUGCAUUUCAGAUAUGUCAUGGUGACUUGUUGGUGUGUUGAAUGAAAUCUUGGUAAACGUAAAAAUGUUGCUGAGUCAAGUCCUUCAGUUGAAGGGAUGUAAUGAUUUAAAUAAAACAUGUAUGUGACUUGUAUAUACAUAUAUACGUAUAUAUGCAAAACCUUAGUGAUGUAAAUCACAAAUGAAAUGUAUUUAAAUUCAUCACAUCACUGACGAUCAAAUCGUUUUCGAAGGAUGCGACUUAUGCUGUUUGUUUUUCUCUAUUAUCUCUGCACCGCAUGUUUUCUGAUACCCUUCCUGUAUCUAACACAAAGUGUAGCUUUAUUAAUAUUUUGUCACUGCUCAAAUGGAUACUGCAUUUAUGUGGUCUACUACACAAAUCACAUUCACCUGUAGCUCAUGGAAACAAAGACUUGAUUUCCAUGAGAUGAAACACUUCUUAAAUCCAUAAUCGAAAAGGAUUGUUUCUUGAGCUAAAUUGCGUUUACAAAGAGACGGGGAUAAUCCUUAUUGUUAAAACACGAUUCUCAACCCAACCGGUGUUGGCGUAUAUUGUCUCACUCGGCUUUCAUGAAAGCAUCUCACAGUUUGAUCAAUACACUGAUUGUGUAUUUUCAAUUCAGUUUGCAAUUUUCCUAAUUCACAUGGUUUCAAAGCACCGUUACAGAAUAGAAAAAUAACAUUGAAUACAAUGUCAGAAAUUCACACUGAUCAGUUUUAUUUAAAGUCCCAGUGAAAUAAAAAAUGACAAUGCCUAUUUUUUCAUGAAAUAUUGCAGCGUUUGUAGUAAAUGGUUUAUCAAUGUGGGUCAUUCUCUUUUUAAAAUUCGUGUGCCCUCAUAAUCUUUAGUUAAGAUCUGAUAAUGCACUUCCUUUCUGUAAUGACUAUCCAUCUCAAAUGACGUAUGCUAGAUGGCUUGGGCGGAGCAUCCGUUAACUCCUUCCCUUCAACUCUCAGUCUGCUGUCAGUUCCGUUUCAAAAUGCAACAGCUGUUUUUAUACAUCCAAUCAAAUCGCAGAAAAAGACGCCCACUAUUUUUCUCAUUAGAAAUUCCAUUUCACUUGGAAAUGCGUCAAAAUACGGAAGUAAAAAUGAUCGCAACUUUCGGUUCACGGGGACUUUAAAGUUGAAAAACAAUUAUGCUUUUAUAUAUUUAUCGGUAAAAAGAACCCCAGUGAGCAAAACUGACCUUUGUAUUGCUCAGAGGUUUUUUUAAAUAUGAAUAAUCUCGGAUGAGACUUGAGCAAAAGUCUUUGUUUACCCUCCAUUCAACGUCAUGACUCAAGGAGAAGCAGAUGAGAUUAAAUGAAAGGGAUGUUUGGGUUUAAUCAAAUUAUGAAAGUGUGUAUUUGUUUCUCACGAACUGUGGAUUAUUUUUUAAUAAAGAUUGAAUUGUCUGUUUAAUCAUAAAAUAUAC